CUCACUUCCCUCUUCACAGCAACGUCUCUCCCCGAUGAUAACUUUGUUGCAUACAGCAUCUUAAUCUCGAGGAUCGCAAUGUUAUCAUGAUCGAGCAGUUUCAUCUCCAGCUGGAGACCUGCGGUUUCCCCUCGUCCGCCUCUUUGCUGGGACUCGGACGCAGUUUUAGUCCUCGGGCCCGAACGUCGACACCCACAAGUUGUCGCCGGUCCUCCAGUGUCCGUUGAUUGGUGCCUUAGAUCGAAAGAGAUGGUUCUACCACAUGGCCGUUUUCAGUAUGGCCGCUUCAUCCAAUCUUUUUCUCGCGCCCGAGAGAGUAUACUGGUCCAUUUGCCUGGAGCCUAUUCGCGAUUGCAACCACGGUAGGUUCAGCAUGGAGGAAAACAUGAGAUCCAUCUCAAACAUUAAUAUCCUCUUCGCCGUUCCCAUGUUAGCACGCAUAUUUGGUCUGCAACUUCACCACUUGGAAUUGCUUUGGUACAACCAGAUCUCUUAUACUCUUCAACAAAAUGGCGCAGAAGGAGCUGUCUACAGACUUGCAGAGCCGCUCCAGCGGAGAUGCUUCCAAACCAGCUGAACCCGUCGAACAGGAGGAAUACCCUCCCCUCUCAAAGGUUAUUGUCAUUGUGGCUGCAAUGAUGUGUACGGCUUUCCUGGUUGCAUUGGAUCGUCUGAUCAUCGCAACAGCCAUCCCUGUCAUCACCAACCAUUUCAACUCCCUGGCAGACGUAGGUUGGUAUGCAUCGGCCUACCUCCUCACAAUGUCCGCAUUCCAACUCUUCAUCGGCCGAAUCUACACCUUCUACAACCCCAAAACGGUAUACAUUGCCUGUGUGGGUAUAUUCGAGUUGGGCUCUUUGGUCUGCGGCGCUGCCCCGAACUCCACCGCACUUAUUAUCGGUCGUGCUAUUGCAGGUGUCGGCAGCGCAGGCAUCUUCUCUGGGGCCAUCAUAAUGAUUGUCUACCUCGUCCCGCUACAGAAGCGGCCCGCCUGGAGCGGCAUUUUUGGUGCCGUGUUUGCAGUCGCUUCGGUUGCCGGACCCUUGUUGGGCGGCGUAUUUACCGACAAGGUCUCUUGGAGGUGGUGUUUCUAUAUCAACCUGCCCGUCGGUGGAGUUAUGAUGGUGGUGCUCUUCUUCGUGCUCCAACUCCCAGCUGCCGCCACGGAGAGAGCCAAAGUCCCCUUCAAGGAAAAGCUCCGAAAACUCGAUCCCAUCGGAACAGCGGUCUUCAUUCCUUCCAUCGUCUGCCUCCUUUUGGCCCUGCAGUGGGGAGGUACCACAUACAACUGGUCCGACGCCCGCAUCAUCGUUCUAUUGAUACUUUCAGGAAUUCUCUUCAGCAUCUUCGUCUAUCUCCAACAUGUCUUCCAGGAGGGCGCCACCAUUCCUCCGCGAAUCAUCAAGACUCGCUCCGUCUCCGCAGGCGUGUUGUAUGCCUUCUUCAGCGGCUCAGGGAUGAUGACCAUAGUCUACUUCCUCCCCAUCUGGUUCCAAGCCAUCAAAGGCGCCUCGGCUGUCCACUCAGGAAUCAUGAAUCUUCCAGCUGUGUUGGGUAUCACAGUCUCCUCCAUGCUCGCCGGCUUCGCAACCCGCAAGAUCGGAUAUUUCACGCAAUGGAUGUACCUUUCAUGUAUGCUGACGUCUAUUGGCUCGGGACUCAUCUCCACUUUUACGACCACUACAGCUCACCCAAAGUGGAUCGGAUAUCAGGCCAUUUAUGGCUUGGGCUUGGGCUUGGGGAUGCAACAGCCCAGUGUAGCUGCACAAGUUGCACUGGCUCGCAAGGACGUGCCCACGGGCGCAUCAAUGAUGUUCUUUGCGCAAACGCUGGGCGGCUCCAUCUUCGUCAGCGUCGCGAACAACAUCUUCGACAACACUCUCGCCUCAGACCUGAAGAACAUCCCCGGCGUCAAUGCAAACGUGGUCACGCACGUUGGAGCCACAGACCUCCGCGGCAUUGUGCCCCCACAGUUCCUGCACUCUGUGCUUGUGGCAUACAACGACGCGCUGAGGAAUGCCUUUUACGUCGGUGUGGCCGUGUCUGCAACCACCAUCCUCGGGGCCUUGGCCAUGGAGUGGAAGAAUCUGAAAAAAGUUGCUGCUGCGCAGCAGGCAGCGGCCAAGGCUGCGAGAGAGGCUGCCGCAAGCCAGAAGGAUGAUAGUAAGCCUGGUUCAGCUGAUGGUACAGACACAGAGACAAAGGGGGGCGAUGAACAGACGAAGCAUGAGAUCGUUGAUGAGAAGAAUGCCGCCGAAGAAGUCUAGUUGCACUUGCAAUGCCAGGCCUCCUGAUUAUGCACGGCUGUUAGAUAAUACAGGUUUGUUUUUUGAUUUCCUACAUUGCACGAGAAUAUAGGUUCACAAGUAGGAUUAAACUAUACUCAGGGAAGGAUGAGUCUCCGCUCGGAAAUCACGUACAUAGAAG